AUGAAUGUUAACAAAAUAGUCAAUAUAUUGUUUAUUCAAUAUAAAAAAAUUAGAUUUUAUUUUACAAAAAGAUAUAGUUUUUAUAAUAAUUUAAAAAGAAUAUUGGAAUGGAAAAAUAUAUAUAGUAUUGAAGAUUAUGAUCUAAAAGGAAUUACUGACUUAUUGUUUAAUAGGGAGUUCAAUAAAGUGUGUAUUAUUAUUUGGAAUAAUAACGAGCUUUCCAGAAGGGUUAAAAUCAAUCAUCCAAUCAAAGGAUCUAUAGAGCUAAUGAAGCAAAAUAUUGGAAAUUUAAUUAUAAAUAGAGGAGGUAACACAUUAUCUACAAAAACCAAUGUUUUCUUUUUCAACACUUAUCAUCAAAUGAUAAUUUGUUUUAGUGAUAUCUAUUUAACCCAACCAUGGUUAAGAAAAGAAAUAAGCUAUAAUGAUAUUGCCACUCUUUAUUUUGUCUCUAAAAAUGAAAAAAAUGUCUCACAACCUGUAUUUGACUAUCAUCCAAUCCCAUUCUCUUGUUUAUAUAUUAAUGAAAAUAAAGAUACCUAUAACCCAAACAUUUAUGAUAUAAAAUCCAAUGAAAAUAAAAAUGAAAAAAAGAAAUAG